UUGGUCUGGUAGCAUUACCCAACAAAUGGAGAAAGUAACAUACUUUAGUAACAACUCACACUAUGUCUUAAGAGCAUUAUUAUUGCAGGCUCUUAAUUGAGUUUUUAAGGAUAUUAGUAAUUAAAAGAAAAAUAAAAAUAGGUAUUAACUUAAGGGACGGAUCUAAUUUAUGAGUUAGAAGAUACGUCUCUUGCGACUUCGCCUGGUCUCCUUCUCUUCUUCGCCUUCAUCUUCUCCUCCUUCUGUUUUUCGCCUUCAUCUUCUCCUUCUCGCAUAGAAUUUUGGUUGAGCUUCUUCUUCUUCUCCUAAACCUCAGAAAGCUUCACAACAAUACAAACGGGUUUUGCAGUGAUGGGAUCUCUUGUCCGUGAAUGGGUUGGGUUUCAGCAAUUUCCAAAUUGAUUGAAUUCUUCGCCAAAUUGAAGCAAAAGGACAUGAACUCAUUGACAGUUGUUGUUAUGGGAAAAGGCGGUGUAGGAAAAUCAUCCACCGUCAACUCUCUUAUUGGUGAACAAGUCGUCCGUGUCAGUCCUUUCCAGGCGGAAGGUUUGAGGCCAGUGAUGGUUUCAAAAACUUUCUUCCUCUUCGCUUCUUCUCUGCACAGUUUGCAUAUAAUCCUCAAAUACAAAACACCAACCAACAAAAACGAUGUACUAGACCAGGUAAGCUUCUCUGUAUAAGCUUCUCUGUGUAUUAAUGAGUUGUUGUUCUGUUUCAUGUUUCAUGUUCUUCUUUUAUUGUUUUUGUUAUUGACUAUGGUGUGUCAUUAGUUGCAUUGUGAAGAUAUACCAAAGCUUAUUUUCAUUGAUGCGUUGUUUUAUCAUAAUUUUUUUUAAGAACCUUUAAAUAAAAUACUUGCAAUGGAAUACAUAAAAGUUGAAAGUUUUUAAUUAAAUCUCUUAACCAAAUUUAUUACUUAAAUAGUAUUAAAAAUUAAAUAAGAGAAGGAUAAUGAUGCUCUUAGAGAUGUCUGGUUUGUCCUUGUUUGGGUUUUUACCUCUUUAUAUGAGAUUCCUUUUUUUUGUCUACGGCUCUUUUCUUCCUGCUAAAAUAUGUUCGCAGCUUUCUAUUACCAAUCGCACCUAAGGAAUAUACUACCUUUUAAAAAAAAUCAUGCACUGGCCAUACUUUUUCAAUAAACAUUUCUCUAAGCAAUAAAUAAUUUUAAACAUCUCAAUAUCAGUAUGAUGGGCAUGUGUAGGAUAUUUUUUGAAAUAAUGUUAUUGUAAAUUAUGAUCAACUAUACGGCGUGUGCGAACUACAAUACAAAAAGAAAAAAAGUAUUAUAACAAAUGCGAAAUAAAAGGUAAAACAACACAAAAUUUUAAUAUGAUUCAUCAAAUUGCUUACGUCCAUAAAUAAAAAUAAAUAUUUUAUUAUUAAAAGCUGAAUAUAUUUUUGGAUUACAUUAGUAUUAUAAAAAUAUUAAAUAUGCAAGUAUAAGUACUUUGGUUUGAAAAUUUUAGUGAUAAAAAUAACUAAAUUGAAAGCUGCAAGUUAUACCAAAUUUAAAGUAUAUCGGCAAGAGGGCAAAGCAUAUCAACAAAGGAUUGGUGUAGAUAGUGAAGGAGGAUAGUUGAUUGCCUUCAAAUUAGGUUGCUCAAAAGUGAGGGAGAUUCUGUGCGUGAGGAAUCUUUGCAGUUCGUGUUUAAUUUGUGUACCGAUAAAGAAGAUCGACUACAAAAGCCCUCCCAUAUCUUUAUAUCUUUUUGUUCGUUUGCAGAACGUCUGAACGUGACAGAGUCGAACUUUCUGUCUUUUAGUCAAACUCAGAAGGAUUCGGAAAGAAAGAUCCACCAUGCGGCAGCCAUACAGCGACAUUUCACUUGCUCAUGUUAUAUAUUACUGGUUGACACCAGAAGAACAAGGCGACGAAAAAUGUUGAUGUGACACAGCAGAAAUAGUUGUCACAUCAACAUUUUUCGGGCUUUGCAAAUGGAAAUGGGCCCAUUGGACAAAAUUAAUGAGACUUAGUUAAGACGUGAAGUGUCAGGUUAUCGAGUUGACAAAAAAAAAACAUUGAGUGGCACGCACGUUCCACUUAUCUAUCGCAACAAAACGUGAGAGAGACGAGAAGAAAAAGAGUUUUGGUCUCCGAGAAGUAGAUAAAGUAAAUGGGCAAAACUAAGUUUGUUUUUGUUUCCAUAUAUUACUUCGGUGUUUGAAUGAUUGUUUGUUUGUAAUGGGUUGCAUUUGCGCCACCGCGCGUUCUUCAAACGCCGCCGUUGCCAAUAAUGAGCUAAUGGAUUCAAGCAAUUCCAUCAUGCAUCUUAUGCCUCAUCCUCCGUCUUCCUCGUCCUCUUUAUCCAAAAAGGAAGUAGGAUCUUUCAGACGUCAGACUUCUGCAGCUUCCAUAACCGUCGUGGCUAAUGGUUAUCCAGUGGUGCGUCGUCCCUCCACAUCAUCUGAUCGAAGCAGCACCAAGAAAGCGGUUACUGUGGGAGCUCCGACCAGGAACCCCACCAGAAGAGUCACGGCUAUGCCGGCAGUGAAACAGCAACAGCAGCCAGGGCGUUUGAUUGGAACUAAAACGGAACCCACUAGCGGAGAAUGGCCGUCUUGGUUGGCUUCUGUAGCUGGAGAAGCUAUCAAAGGAUGGGUUCCUCGCUGCGCAGAUUCUUAUGAGAAGUUAGACAAAAUUGGACAGGGGACUUACAGCAGCGUGUACAAAGCCAGAGACCUGGAAACGGGAAAGAUCGUGGCGAUGAAGAAAGUUCGGUUUGUGAAUAUGGACCCAGAGAGUGUCCGGUUUAUGGCUAGGGAGAUUCUCAUUCUUCGUAAGCUUGAUCACCCCAAUGUUAUGAAGCUUGAAGGUCUAGUCACCUCUAGACUCUCAAGUAGUCUCUACCUUGUUUUUGAGUACAUGGAGCACGAUCUCGCAGGUCUAGCCGCAACUCCUGGAAUCAAAUUCUCUGAAUCUCAGAUCAAGUGCUAUAUGCAACAGCUGUUUCGUGGUCUUGAACAUUGCCACAGACGAGGAAUCCUCCACCGUGAUAUCAAGGGAUCUAAUCUCUUGAUUAACAACGAAGGUGUUUUGAAAAUUGGUGACUUCGGAUUGGCAAAUUUUUACCGUGGUAAUGGAGAUAUGCAGCUGACAAGCCGAGUUGUAACCUUAUGGUACAGAGCGCCUGAGCUGUUGCUCGGUGUCACUGAGUAUGGACCAGCUAUAGACCUGUGGAGUGCCGGCUGCAUUCUCGCUGAGCUCUUUGCCGGAAAGCCUAUUAUGCCAGGACGCACAGAAGUGGAGCAGAUGCAUAAGAUCUUUAAGCUAUGUGGUUCACCCUCAGAAGAUUACUGGAGAAGAGCAACUCUGCCACUUGCAACAAUCUUUAAACCUAGUCACCCUUACAAACCUGUUCUUGCUGAAACCUUUAGUCAUUUCCCUGCAUCAGCUAUGACCCUCAUCAAUAAGCUACUGGAAAUAGAACCUGAGAAACGUGGAUCAGCUGUUUCAUCCUUGAGAAGCGAAUUUUUCAACACGGAGCCCCUCCCAGCUAUUCCAUCAAGCUUGCCUAGAUACCCACCAAGCAAGGAACUUGACGCUAAGCUUCGCAACGAAGAAGAAAGAAAACUAAGGGCAGAGGAUAACAAGAGAAGAGGAGGAGAGACUGUGACAAGAGGACGACCAAAAGAUCUUAAAAGUACCCAGACACCUGAGCUUAUGGCCAGAGGGCAGUCUAAGGUCACAUGCAUCAGCCAUAAGUUCAAAACAGACGAGGAAGGUGGCACCGGGUUUAGGAUUGAACCACCAAGAAGAGGGAUCCAGCAGAAUGGUUACGUUCAUGCUUCUUCUAUGGUUCAUCCAAGUGUUGCUAAUUCAGAAUGGAACAUAGGUGGUGGGAGCAUCAAAAGGAAAACUAAUGCGGAGCUGAAGUCUAGGAUAUCGCAAACAGGAAACGUGUCUGGUGACUCUUGUAGGAGAGCUUCCAAAAGAGAUUACUCAACCGGAAACGCACCAAGGAAGAACAGAAUCCAUUACUCAGGACCGUUGAUGCCUCCUGGUGGAAAUCUUGAAGAAAUGCUCAAAGAGCACGAGAAGCAGAUCCAACAAGCUGUCCGCAAAGCCCGUGUCGAAAAUUCUGCAUCUAAUAAAACAAGGCAGCAGCAGCGUUACACGGGAACAGAUGCUCGGUAGCUAAAGAGAGAGCGAGAGAAAAAGGAACAAGAAGAAAAAAAUUCAAACAAUAUUGCACAUGUUUUGCCCCUUUUGUGCGUGAAGCAAGGGAUUGAUGCAAUGUAUAGUGAGCUUUGUUAUCUUAGGCCAACGAGAUUGACCACACAAUAUUGUCAAACUUCAUUUUGUACAUACACACAAGGUCUCAUACUGAGUGGAGAGUCAAGCAACAUGUAUUAGUAUUCAAUUCUCUUAGGAUCUUUAAUUUAUUUUGUAUUUUACUAGGUUUUUAUC